GAUUGGUGGGUUCAUCCGUCGGUUCGUGGCACGUACAUGCUUUAAAAGGUCCGCUGCUACGGAACUCAGCAAGCAUUGUUGUAGUAGAAACAGCAGAGGAAAAGUCAAAAGCACCAGAAUCAUGAAACUGCAAUUGGUUAUCAUCGCUGCCUUCGUGGCCACAUGCAUCUGUGACGAGGACCGUAAGAAACUUAAGAAACAAACCACCAUCCCUCAUGUGAUCACAAGCGUCGCCACCCUGACGUUUGAGAUAAAAAACUGGGACGGCGAGGGCGAAACUCUGAGGGGUGACGUCAAGAUUGGUCUGUUUGGAGAUAUUGUUCCCAUGACAUCGCUCAACUUCGCAAGCAUCUGCAAAGGAUUCAAGAGAGACGGGAAAGCCCGCCUUCAUUACAAAAACACUCAAUGCCACAGACUUGUGAAGGAUAUGUUGAUCCAGUGCGGUGACGUACUCAACCAAGACGGAACUGGAUCACGCAGCAUCUACGGUGAACGAUUCGUUGAUGAGAACUUCAAGAUCAACCACGCUAGCGCUGGUAUCGUAUCCAUGGCCAACCACGGAAAGGACAGUAACGGAUCCCAGUUCUUCAUCCUUUUCGGCAGGGCUCGUUACCUUGACAACAAUCACGUCGCUUUCGGAAAGGUCUUGGAGGGCAUGGAUAUUGUUGAAGACAUCAACAGGAUGGGCCCAUACAUAGAUAGAGCUGUACCCAAGCAGAAGGUUCGUAUCGCUGACUGCUCCGUCGAGGAAUUGGCCCAGAAAUACGAGCUCCCCGAAAAACUACUCUUCUCUGACGAUCCCAGCAGGGCAUAAAAACAUUAUCACAUCAUCUCAUGACGUCAUAUAACAAUAACGUCGACAUGACGUCACACAGAAGUAGGAACAACCAAUCAGAGAUCAGAUAGUCUUGAUUAGCAUCACGUGUAGGUAGUGCAUCUGUCAUCGUUCAACACUGUAUAUUGUAAUCUUGUUUCUGUUCUGUUAAUGUGUAGGACAUCAGGGAGCCGAUCCACAAAGCGUUCGUAACGUUACGACCUGUCGUAACUCUAGAGUUUAUUAUAGGCUUACGAAUGACGCUUUGUGGAUCGGGACCCAGUAAGUCGUCUCUAUGUGGAUUUGUGUGUAUGUUGUACAACCUUUGAUGUAAAGGUUCUCUCUGCGGCCAUUGUACUUAACCAGCAGUUGGAUGUAACUAUAGAUGUGUGUGUCUGUGUGUGCUCGUUGUUCUCUGUACAGUUUAAACCGUAAAACUAUAGCCCGUGUAACAGUUUAUCCUUGUGUUCAUUUGAAUAAACCAGUUUUACGUAAA